UUGAUUUGGCAUCUGCAAAUAGGGAACAUGUUUGCAACUCUUACUCUUGUCUUUACUGUGUGCUUGACAGCCACUAAUGCAGAUCACCACACCCAUCCAUGCCGUAUGUAACAGACUAAUUCUGAUCCACAGUGUUGUGCUGAGUGCAAUUAACUUAUGCUCUUCUUUUUCAGACUCACCCAACAUGACAGGACAGAUGUCAGUGAUGUCGCUCAAGGGUGAAAUAAAAACACAUGGGACAUUUACCUAUGAUUCAACAGGAAAGAAACUACGGUUCAGAUCCAAUGAGAGCCACCCCACAAACAGUUCUUUGGGUUUGGAUUUGCUCAUGUUUUUUGACAAAGGUGUAUUCUAUGAAAUAGAUGCCAAGAACCAAAGCUGUGAGAAGAAGUCACUGCAUUCUGUUGAUCACCCUCUGGAUAUCCCAGAUGAUGCAAAGUUUUGUACCACAGUCACCACUGGCAGUGCAAGCAUCGAAGGAGAGGGUCUGAAAGUGAAUAUGUGGACAGGAUCAAUGCAUAAUGUCAAAGGUACCUUUAGCAUGUUUGUGACUAUGGGCUGUUUGCCUGUGACCACACUGUACUCUACAGACUCCACAUCCUUUUUGUUUAGUACCAUGGAAGUUGAGAAUGAAAUCAAGGAGCCAGAUCUUCUGAUGGUGCCAUCCUACUGUGAACACCAGUCUUUGGAGGAGACGCCUGAAGGAACUGUAAACAGCUUCUUCAAUGAGUUUGUGUAAAAUAUGACUCUUCUACAGAAACAACCCAUCUCUUUGAUUCCCAUGUGACGCUCAUGUUUUCUGUGCACAAAAUUAGCCUUCUGAAGAUGUAGGCCUAGUUGUAUUUGCACAUUACAAGUAUGUGACGGGAAAAAAUGUUUAUUAGAAAUUUUGUCAAAUUUACUAACUGUGGGUGGCUUUAAAAGAAUAUAUAAUGAAACAAUAAAAUAUCAAUGCUGUAAGUAGCGGUAAGGUUAUUGCUUUUGUAUUGACAG